AGAUGCAGUCCGUCGCCGCCGCCGCUGCCGCCGCCAGUAAUGCAAGAUUAGAUCUCUAAAUGCAGCAAAACACUGCCUGAAAACAGACCAGCCCGCGCCGCGAGCAGACAUUGCACUGGGCGCCAGAGAAGCUUCACAGUCUAUCAGUGACUCCCUUCGCUGCUCCCGGUCCCCGUCCAUUUCAUCACGAGAGACGAGUAACAAGUAAGGAUUUCACUUUCCGAUUUGCCUGGAGACACACCUCCCCGCGCCCUCCCCCACCCGAUGUGAAGACUGUUCCGGAGGCUGCAGGCGGGAGUGGAUUUGCGGCGCCCAGUGGGAGCGAGCAAAACCUACAGAUUCCUUAGCUCAUUAUCAUCCCUCCCAGACGCGAUUUCCUUCUUAUCGCCAGCCUCAUCGCUCAAGUUUUCGCCGCCCGAAGUCCGGUGCGAGAGACACAAAGCCCCCGGCCAGACCCUUGACGCAGGGUGCCACCGGCUCGUUCCGCGUCCCUGCGGCUCCGCCAGCGGCACUGCUGCUCGCCCAGUGCGGAUGCUGUAGAUCAACAGGUUCGGGAACUUAAGCAGAAUCGGCAGAGCCCGCCGGGUGCCGCAGCCGUAGCGCGGAGGCAAGAAGGAACCCACCAGGCAGCGGCUCGCGUCGCAGGCGCGCGCGGCGCCAGGGCUCCAGGCUGGCGCGCACCCACCGAUUCAGCCCUCCCGUCCGGCUCCUCCUGCCCCCACCCCACUGGUCUGGGAUGUACCUCUCCAUCUGUUGCUGCUUUCUUCUCUGGGCCCCUGUGCUGACACUCAAAAACCUUAACUACUCGGUGCCAGAGGAGCAAGGGGCAGGCACCGUGAUCGGCAACAUUGGCAAAGAUGCUCGGCUCCAGCCUGGGACUCCUCCCGCGGAGCGCGGCGGCGGCGGCGGCGGCGGCGGGCGCAGCAAAUCGGGCAGUUACCGAGUGCUGGAAAACUCGGCGCCGCACCUGCUGGACGUGGACGUCGACAGCGGGCUUCUCUACACCAAGCAGCGCAUCGACCGCGAAUCCCUCUGCCGCCACAACGCCAAGUGCCAGCUGUCCCUGGAGGUGUUCGCUAAUGACAAAGAGAUCUGCAUGAUCAAGGUGGAGAUCCAGGAUAUCAACGACAAUGCACCUUCCUUUCCCUCGGACCAGAUUGAGAUGGACAUCUCGGAGAACGCGGCCCCGGGUACGCGCUUCCCUCUCACCAGUGCGCACGACCCCGACGCGGGCGAGAACGGGCUCCGCACCUACUUGCUCACCCGCGACGACCACGGUCUUUUCGCGCUGGACGUCAAGUCCCGCGGCGACGGCACCAAGUUUCCGGAGCUGGUCAUCCAGAAGGCCCUGGACCGCGAGCAGCAAAACCACCACACGCUCGUGUUGACUGCCCUGGAUGGAGGCGAGCCGCCUCGCUCGGCCACCGUGCAGAUCAACGUCAAGGUGGUCGACUCCAACGACAACAGCCCGGUCUUUGAGGCGCCCUCCUACAUCGUGGAGCUGCCUGAAAACGCCCCUCUGGGCACCGUGGUCAUCGACCUGAACGCCACUGACGCGGAUGAAGGUCCCAAUGGUGAAGUGCUCUAUUCCUUCAGCAGCUACGUGCCCGACCGCGUGCGGGAGCUCUUCUCCAUUGACCCCAAGACAGGCCUGAUCCGUGUCAAGGGCAAUUUGGACUACGAGGAAAAUGGGAUGCUGGAAAUCGAUGUGCAAGCCAGAGACCUGGGCCCCAACCCCAUCCCAGCCCACUGCAAAGUCACGGUCAAGCUCAUUGACCGCAACGACAACGCGCCAUCCAUCGGUUUCGUGUCCGUGCGCCAGGGGGCGCUGAGCGAGGCCGCCCCUCCGGGCACCGUCAUCGCCCUGGUGAGGGUCACCGACCGGGACUCGGGCAAGAAUGGGCAGCUGCAGUGCCGAGUCCUGGGCGGAGGGGGCGCGGGCGGCGCGGGCCUGGGGGCGCCUGGGGGCUCUGUCCCCUUCAAGCUGGAGGAGAACUAUGAUAACUUCUACACCGUGGUGACAGACCGCCCGCUGGACCGAGAGACGCAGGACGAAUAUAAUGUGACGAUCGUGGCGCGCGAUGGGGGCUCGCCCCCCCUCAAUUCCACGAAGUCGUUCGCAGUCAAGAUCCUGGACGAGAAUGAUAACCCGCCUCGCUUCACCAAGGGGCUGUACGUGCUGCAAGUGCAUGAGAACAACAUCCCAGGAGAGUACCUGGGCUCCGUGCUCGCCCAGGACCCGGACUUGGGACAGAACGGCACAGUGUCCUACUCCAUCCUGCCCUCGCACAUCGGCGACGUGUCCAUUUACACUUACGUGUCCGUGAACCCCACCAACGGGGCCAUCUACGCCCUGCGCUCCUUUAACUACGAGCAGACCAAAGCUUUUGAGUUCAAAGUGCUGGCUAAGGACUCGGGGGCUCCCGCCCACCUGGAGAGCAAUGCCACGGUGCGGGUGAUGGUGCUGGACGUGAAUGACAACGCGCCCGUGAUCGUGUUGCCCACGCUGCAGAACGACACGGCCGAGCUGCAGGUGCCGCGCAACGCUGGCCUGGGCUACCUGGUGAGCACCGUGCGCGCCCUGGACAGCGACUUUGGCGAGAGUGGGCGCCUCACCUAUGAAAUCGUGGAUGGCAACGACGACCACCUGUUUGAGAUCGACCCGUCCAGCGGCGAGAUCCGCACGCUGCACCCCUUCUGGGAGGACGUGACCCCCGUGGUGGAGCUGGUGGUCAAGGUGACCGACCAUGGCAAGCCCACCUUGUCUGCGGUGGCCAAGCUCAUCAUCAGGUCGGUGAGCGGCUCGCUGCCGGAGGGCGUGCCCCGGGUGAAUGGCGAGCAGCAGCACUGGGACAUGUCACUCCCCCUCAUCGUGACUCUCAGCACCAUCUCCAUCAUCCUCCUAGCGGCCAUGAUCACCAUCGCGGUCAAAUGCAAGCGCGAGAACAAGGAGAUCCGCACUUAUAACUGCCGCAUCGCCGAGUACAGCCACCCGCAGCUGGGCGGGGGCAAAGGCAAGAAGAAGAAAAUCAAUAAAAAUGAUAUCAUGCUGGUCCAGAGCGAGGUGGAGGAGAGGAACGCCAUGAACGUCAUGAACGUGGUGAGCAGUCCCUCCCUGGCCACCUCCCCUAUGUACUUUGACUACCAGACCCGCCUGCCCCUCAGCUCACCCAGGUCAGAGGUGAUGUAUCUCAAACCGGCUUCCAACAACCUGACUGUCCCCCAGGGGCACGCGGGCUGCCAUACCAGCUUCACUGGACAAGGGACUAAUUCGAGCGAGACCCCAGCCACUCGGAUGUCCAUAAUUCAGACAGACAAUUUUCCCGCAGAGCCCAAUUACAUGGGCAGCAGGCAGCAGUUUGUUCAAAGUAGCUCCACGUUUAAGGACCCAGAAAGAGCCAGCCUGAGAGACAGUGGGCACGGGGACAGUGAUCAGGCUGACAGUGACCAAGACACUAACAAAGGCUCCUGCUGUGACAUGUCUGUUAGGGAGGCACUCAAGAUGAAAACUACUUCAACUAAAAGCCAACCACUUGAACAAGAACAAGAAGAGUGUGUUAAUUGCACAGAUGAAUGCCGAGUGCUUGGUCAUUCUGACAGGUGUUGGAUGCCACAGUUCCCUGCAGCCAAUCAGGCUGAAAAUGCAGAUUACCGCACAAAUCUCUUUGUACCCACAGUGGAAGCUAAUGUUGAGACUGAGACUUAUGAAACUGUGAAUCCCACUGGGAAAAAGACUUUUUGUACAUUUGGAAAAGACAAGCGAGAGCACACUAUUCUCAUUGCCAAUGUUAAACCUUAUUUAAAAGCCAAACGUGCCCUGAGCCCUCUCCUCCAGGAGGUCCCCUCAGCAUCCAGCAGCCCAACCAAGGCAUGCGGUGAGCCUUGCACCUCAACAAAAGGCUCCCUGGAUGGUUGUGAAGUGAAGCCCGGAGCCCUAGCUGAAGCAAGCAGCCAGUACUUGCCCACUGACAGUCAGUAUCUGUCUCCCAGUAAGCAACCAAGAGACCCUCCCUUCAUGGCAUCAGAUCAGAUGGCAAGGGUCUUCGCAGAUGUGCAUUCCAGAGCCAGCCGGGAUUCCAGUGAGAUGGGCGCUGUCCUCGAGCAGCUUGACCACCCCAACCGGGAUCUGGGCCGAGAGUCAGUGGAUGCCGAGGAAGUUGUGAGAGAAAUUGAUAAGCUUUUGCAGGACUGCCGGGGAAAUGACCCUGUGGCUGUAAGAAAGUGAGGAAAAGGAAAAGGAAAAAAAAAAAGCAUUGGCAUUUUUUGUCUCUUCGGUUGAUUAAAAAAAAAAAAUCCCUCUUGGUGACAACCCAUCUAACAGGGAUGAGGAAAGACCAAUGCUGCUUUAAGGCUUUUAGUGAACAUCUGAAGUGCCCACAAGUAUGUUCUUUUCACUGCUGUUUCUUUUUCAGAGAUAAUAAUGGUUUUGUUUUGACCAAACUUAUAUUAGAACAGAGUUAACGAUGCUUAAAGAG